GCUGUGUGGCUGUGAAUGUAUUAGCGUCUUGAGCAAGGACACAGGAGGAGCUUGGUACAGCCUGUGCCCUCAGAGACUGCACGAGCCAACAAUAGAUUUGGUUUGUGAGGAUGUGAGGCUGGCAUACGGACAGUUCCCUUGUGAGGCUAAAAGGCAAAGCAGGCAACCCUGGCUUCACAGAAGCUGAUGCACCAAGAUAUAGCCCACGAUUUUAUAGAAAGCAUUCCUGCUCCAGCGCAGACUACCAACUACAGGAAGAACCAUUUUAAAAGCUCAUUUACGCUCUUCACAAGUGGCAAAAAGCUCAGCCUGCCCCAGCUUCACACAGACAGCUUACCUGAGUGUAGCCUACACAAAGAGAAACCCGCUGAGAAAAAGGCAAACCCGACACAGGCUAGGGCAAUGAAGACCAGACUAGGCUGCCUGUCACAGAAAUCAGAUUCCUACAGUGACUUCAGCGCAUUCCUCUCCAAUAAACAUGAAAAAGCCAUCAGAUGUCUGAAGCUGUCCACAGAGGAGGCCGUGCAGUGGACUGAAUCAUUCAACGUUCUGCUGGCUCACAAAUAUGGCCUGGCUGCUUUCAGAGCUUUCCUGCGGUCAGAAUACAGUGAGGAGAACAUUGAGUUCUGGCUGGCCUGUGAGGACUACAAGAAAACUAAGUCACCCACAAAACUGGCCUCCAAAGCAAAAAAGAUCUACUCUGAAUUCAUAGAUGUCCAAGCUCCAAAAGAGGUUAACAUUGAUUUUCAGACACGAGAACUGACCAGGAAGAAUGUCCUGGAACCUGCCCCGAGCUGCUUUAAUGACGCACAGAAACGAAUCUACAGCCUAAUGGAAAGGGACUCUUACCCCAGGUUCCUGAGAUCAAAGGUCUACUUGGACGUGCUAAACCAAAGCCAGAGCAACAGCCAGUCACAAAGGAGAUUCAGCUAGGCAGGCUGCACAGACCACAUGCUCCAUCCCUUCACGUCCCCUUGUCUGCAGGAUCCACAUCACAAAUAUUUGCUCUGCUGUUGUAAUUUAUUGUUGCAGUCAGGCUGGGAUCAACUUUCCUUAUGGUGCUCCGUUGCUCUAAGCUUCCAUCCAUUGCAGAGAAUGCAGUAACUGACAUGAAAACUUUACCCAGAUAGACUGUGCCAGGCUUCCAUAUCCCGGUUUAUCUGUGUCAAUUGAGAUGGUUGUAUUUUUAACGCAUCCAAGAUUCCAUCCACUUCCCCCUCCCUGCGGUCCAUAUUUAAUAUCCUAAACUAUAAAAAUGCAUCUGAUCAAAUAUUACAGUGCUUUACUGUGCAUGUAUUUAAGUGUUCAUUUUAAAAAAGGUAAAAAUGUUUAUUUCUAUCCAGACUUUGAAGUCUGAUGCAAUGCUCAAAAAAAAUUGUAUGAACUUUUUUCCCCAUUGCACUUUUAUUUGUAUAUUUAUCAUCCCCCUCCCAACCCGUUCAAUUUGCGUGAAUGUAUUUAUUAUAUAAGAUAUUGAAUAAAAUGUGUUUAAGAGGU